AUGGGCCGCACCUCUACUACUACUACCAGUCGCUCUGCCGCAGACAACAGCCACAUUCCUAUCCACAUCAGAGCCUACGACUUCCUCAUCGUCCGCGCCAACGACUUCCUCGCUGCCAACGAUGUAGCCUCUUCCCAGCGCGUUGCUCGCCUCCUGCUACGCAGCCCCGACCUCAGCCGCGAACACAAGAGAACCUUCCAUCGCAUCCUCUCGCACGAAGGAUCCGAGAACAGAGUCUAUCACACAGCUCAAGUCAUCGAGAUGAAGGCCUACCCUCCAGGUUCCGCAGAACUCAUCACCAUCCCUGCACGUUCGCCUCGCACACCUGGCAGCACCCCUCGUCCUGGCAUUCGCACAACACCUAUCAAGAAAGACGAUGCUUGGAUUGUGCACUCGCCUGCAAAGACACCUACUCGUGUGACCAAGCGCGUCACUUUUGCUGAUGAGGUUGAGUCGAUCGAAGACACUACUUUCAAACCCUCCAAGGUGGGAAAGCUGUUCCCAGAACUCCUUUCCAAGUUUGAACCUAUUCAGUAG